GGCCAUACUCCAAAGCUAUAAACUCUGAGAUAGCAUUCCUAAACACAUCUAUAAAUAUAAAUAAAAAUAUAUCGAUGGAGUACUUUGGUAAGCGUAAGCUUUGACUUGUUGAAAUCAUAUAUGGAUGACCAAGAAAAUGCCACAAUUCCCAUUAUUAGUAGUAAAAAUAAUGGGGUUGGGGUUGGGGGUGACAAAUUUUUAAGGGAUACAAUUAUUAACAUUUUCAUGGCAGGAGGUGAUACUACUAGCGUUGCUUUUACUUGGUUCUUUUAUCUUCUUGUAAAGUAUCCACAAGUUACCGCCAAGAUUAGAGAGGAACUAGAUGCUAUAUUAAUAACACAAAGUAAUUACAAAGAUGAUGAUUUUGUAAAGAAUUUUAGUGACAACAACAAGAAGCUAGUUUAUCUUCAUGCUGCAUUAUGUGAAUCUUUACGAAUGUACCCUCCACUAUUGUUCAACCAUAAGACUUCAGUUAAAUCAGACGUCCUCCCAAGUGGUCAUAAAGUGGGUCCAAAUACGGAAAUUUACUUCGACAUGUAUGCAAUGGGAAGGAUGAAAUCUUUAUGGGGAGAUGAUUGCAACGAGUUUAAGCCCGAGAGAUGGAUAACGAAACAAGGGAAUUUUAAGCUCGAGCCAUCGAACAAGCUUUUGGCUUUCGGUGCCGGGCCGAGGAUUUGUCAAGGGAGGAGUAUGACUUUCAUACAGAUGAAGAUCGUAAUAGCUGCUAUUAUCCCAAAGUAUGAUAUUGUGGCAGUGGAAGGACAUCAAGUUGUUCCUGAUGUCUCCAUUGUUCUUCAAAUGAAGCAUGGAUUUAAGGUUAAAAUUGUCAGACGUCCUUCAAUUCCACUGCAUGAUUCAUGAUUUAUGUUCGAUCUUCAUCAACCGCUGCGUACCAUAGCUUUUGCUAUGCAAGCUUUCAUUUUAUUUAUGCAUUAUUGUUCUAAUUAGGGUUUUUCUAUGUUGUCCGUAUUCCUGUAUUUCUUUGAUAUCUACGUACGUUGUACUCGUGCAUUUAAAUUCUUCCACAUUGUACGGUUGUACCCAUGUACUUGUAAAACAUAGUCAACUUUUUCCUUUAUGUUAAUCCAACGUUUAAA